AAUUAAUUAAAAGUAUUUUGCAAAAUUUUAUAAAUUAAUGAGACACAGUUGUACGAAUGACGUAAUACGACUUUUAAAGGAUAAUAAUCAUUUUCAAAAAUAAAAAUGAGUUCCAUAAUUCGACGAAGAUUUCGUGUAUUUAUAAAUUCAGUUACUCGAUACCAAAAAUCUAUCACUUUUAAGCGAAAACAGCAGACUUUUGCUGCAUUAAAUUCUACAACAGAAACUCAUCAGGUAACCAAUGACGUGGUACCUGUCUUUAAACAUGCUGCGCAAUAUUCUGAUCGAACAGCAUUACGUGAUUUGCAUGGAGACUACACUUAUAGAGGUUUAUUAUUGAGUGCAAAACAGUUUGCAAAUGAAUUAAAUGAAAUAUUAGGAGAAGGAACUCAAGAAAGAGUAGCAUUUUUAUUACCCAACGAUGCAAGCUAUGUUAUUACGCAAUGGGCAUGUUGGAUCAGUGGUCAAAUAGCUAUACCCUUAAAUGAUCAACACCCACCAACUGUUCUCGACUACUACAUCAAAGAUUCGGAUGCAAAAGUUUUUAUAACGACACAAGAGCAUUUACCAGUUGUAGAACCACUUUUAGCUAAAACUAAGCGACAUUUAAUAGUUUUUGAUAAUGUAUUAAGAUCUAUAGCAAUGAAGGUGGAUGAAAAGGUAGCAAAUAAUAAAGAUGAUUCCCAACACGAUUUUGGAAACUUAAUAGACGCUGGUGUUACAGGUGAUUUUUAUAAUAAGAGCGAUGCUUUGAUUAUUUAUACGUCAGGAACAACCAGUAAACCAAAAGGAGUUGUUCUCAGUCAUAAAAAUAUUUAUACACAAGUGAAUUCUCUAAUCAGCGCAUGGAAUCAUACGGAUAAAGAUAUUUUUCUACAUACUUUACCGCUCCAUCAUGUGCAUGGUAUCAUCAAUGUUCUUCUGUGUCCAUUGUAUGUCGGUGGUCGUUGUGUUAUAUUACCAAAGUUUUCUGCCUCUGGAGUAUGGAGUGAACUCACCGCUGUGAAUUUACAGAAUACUGAUAGGAUUAAUGUAUUUGCAGCAGUGCCUACAACAUAUAAGAAAUUAAUAGACGAAUAUGAUCAAUUAUUUACGAAAAACAACAAAAUCAAAGAGUAUAUAUACAAUGUGUGUAGUACUAAAAUUAGAUUGAUGAUAAGUGGAUCAGCGCCUCUUCCAAAACCAAUCUUUGAUCGGUGGGAAGAAAUCACAGGACAUCGGCUACUUGAAAGAUAUGGUAUGUCUGAAGCUGGCAUGAUGUUGUCAAAUCCUCUUGAAGGAGAACGAAUUACAGGAACUGUAGGAACUCCGUUACCAGGUGUAGAAGUUCGUUUAACUAGAUUCCAGUCUAAUAAAAGUGAAAAGAAUGAACCGAAAGUUCUUGUACAUGGUAAUGCAAAGUCAAGCCAAGUAUUUACUAGCUCUACUAAUUCUAUAAUCGGUGACUUACAAGUUAAGGGAGAUGCUGUAUUUAAAUAUUAUUGGAAUAAACCAGAAGCUACAAAAGAAUCUUUUACCAAAGAUGGAUGGUUUAAGACAGGUGAUACUGUUAUGUAUGAAAAUGGUAUUUAUAAAAUAUUAGGGCGUAGUUCAGUGGAUAUUAUUAAAAGUGGUGGAUAUAAAAUUAGCGCACUUGAAGUAGAAACUGCCAUUCUAGGGCAUCCAAAUAUUGUUGACUGCAUAGUUGUUGGAGUGGAUGACUUAACAUGGGGUCAAAAAGUGGCUGCAAUUGUGGUUCUCAAGGAAGGUACGCAGUUAAUUUUAUCUGAACUUCGUGAAUUUGCAAAGAAAACACUACCUGCCUAUUCCGUACCUACAAUAUUAAAAGUGGUAAACAAAAUAACAAAAAACAAUAUGGGCAAGGUCAACAAAACCCAAAUCGUACACCUACUUUUUCCAAAAGAAACAAAAUCAUAAAAAAUGAAAAAAAUUAUUAAUAUGCUCAUAAUUUCUUAUAAAAUUAUUUUAUAUAAUUGUGUCUGAUAUUUUUCCAAGUAUUUAAGAUCGACAACCGGUUACUUUAUGACUAUUUUCGUUGAUCGUUAUUAACGAAAUUAAGUAGAAUACAAUAUUAAAUAUUUAAAAGGAUUACUAAAAAAAAAGAUUAAUUUUGAU